CAUCUCUGUAAGUGACCAGUCUGGUGUUACUGCCGACAUCCUGUCCAGGUGCAGUGGGGUGACAAUCAGGUACCCAAUUAUGAUGCCAGGUUUUGUCAUUGGUUUUCAAGUUUGUGCCUGAACUUUCUGGCAACUACUCAGUCUGUGUUACUUCUUCUUGGGCUUUUGAGGAGAGCACAGGGCAGCACGAAGAGUAUCCGGUAAAAAUGCGAACCACUGCUGAGCAUUAGCUGUACCUGACCCACGCUUCCCAGACGCACCUCCCGAGUGGGAAAAGGAUCAAACAAACCCCUCGUUCUGACCCCGACGUGAUCCAGACACAAGACCCCCGACUCAUCGGCUGGCAUAGCCUUGGUGCACCUCAGCGCAGUGCGCUCCCUCAUUGCUGCAGUAUUACAACACAUUCGAACCCACAAGCCGACCCUAUUUUGCCUUUACUAUCCCUGUUUUGAAUAAUAGUCAACCAACGGAACGCUACCAUUGGAAAGUUCUUCCCCAAGUUUUCGUCUAGAGCCCAGCGUCAUUAUAGACAGACCGAGCCCCUUCCGGCACCAAAGGUGAUAUAUCGCAAGCUGCCAGGACCAGAGUGGAGCUUGCCCGUGCCGCUAAUCACCUGGGGCCGGGGCUACGCAGCAGUGUCAACUGAAACCGGCCCUGUGUGGGUUCCCGCUCGCUUUGUAAAGCCGUGGAGAGAUGGCCUGGCAUCAGGGGCCAAAGAAUCCCAUUCCGGAUUUCAGCCUGACCCUGACGGAGAGGGUGGACAAGAUUGACAAGGCUCGAAAGCGUGGCACACCCAACGUUGCCAUAACUUGGGGACAAGUCAAAGCUUUAUCACAGCAAGCUGAAUAUGUAUUAGAGCAAACUAAGGCCGAUAAAACUACAGAAAAUUACUUUCUUGCGCUAAUAGCCAGCUUAAAUGCUAAUUCUCUUUGCUGGAUUAUGUACAUUUGUGUGACCGUUCUGUGUUUGCCGCAAGGUGUUGCAACCCCUCUCCCUUCCACUAAUGUGUGGGAGACAUUUAUUCACACUUUAAAUCAGACAUCCUUUUGCCUCUCCCAGCAAGUUACGGUGGGAGACAUUUUAGGUACCUGUCUGAUUCCUGUAUGCCAUAAUCCUAAUGAUGUUGAAAAUGCUACUUGGUUUUAUUCCAGUCUGGAGCCCAAUUCCACUAUUCAUGGUUUGGGCUAUGCUGGCUAUCAUAAUUGGGGACCUCAAACACCUCGUAGACCAAGGAAUGCGCUCGCCCUUCGCACCCCCUAUGCUGCCACACAUAAUAUAACCUGUGCCCGCAUGACUAAUUGUACCAUGAGUAAUUGUAAGCAUUUUCCUGCUCCAGCAAUGAAUUGUUCUGCUGUGACAAAUAUCUCCUAUUUAUAUAAGCAUGUACAGCUACCGGAUGGGUGGUUUUGGACAUGCUCAGGAUAUACUUUCAAUUAUAUGCCCGCCAAUCUUAGUGAUGGCACUUGUUGUUGCCUAAGCCGACUUGCGCUCAUAUUACCAACCAAAAAGCAACUGUCAAACAAUUUGCGAGUUAGUCGCAGUCUCCCUUUGGAUGCUUCCUGUGAUAGCCAUGUACAUUUACUUUCUAAAACCGAGACUGUUGCUUUGGCUGUUUCUCUUGUCGGGGUCCCCGGGUUGGCCACGGGAAAUAGUAUGCGAAUUAAUGGUUUGGCUUGCGCGGCCACUAAGGCCUUAAAUGCCACAUCUACCGCUAUAGCCCUCCUUAAUGAUGAGCAGGACGACAUCCGUCAUGGGGUGUUGCAAAAUCGAGCGGCUAUAGAUUAUUUGCUUAUGCUGCAUCAUUAUGGGUGUGAAAAGGUUAAUGAUAUGUGUUGCUUUAAUAUUUCUGAUCAUCAUCAUUCAGUUGAAAAUCAACUUAAGAUUAUUAAAAAUCUAACAGAUCAAAUCAGAUACAAUCCAGACCCCUUCGGGGGAUGGUGGGAUUGGCUCUCCUCAUGGCUUCCUAACUUUGGGUGGUUACAUCAGCUUGUCACCUUUGGGGGACUCACUGUACUAUUACUCGUGCUGUUUUGCUGCGGCAUUCAGUGUGUCCCUUCACUUGUUUCUCUCUUCAUUAAGGGCUGUCCAUGGACUAGCCCGGAGCCCCCCCGAAAGUAUUAGUCAUAGUUAACAAAACAAAAAGGGGGAGAUGUGGGUACAAGUGUUGGCAAACCACGCUGUCCCCGCAUUGACCUUGGUAUUGUUUUCCCUUAUAGUACGGUACAGUAGGUACACUCUAUUACACACGGAAAUUACAAGACAAUGGCCCAUUGAGGAGAGCCAACCUUAAUCAAUUAGUAGGAAAUAAAUAAGUAUAUCAAUCAUGUAGUAAUGAGUAAUUUGCUUAUGAGAGAAGUAUAUUAAUCAUGUAAUAAUAAGUAACCUGCGUGUAAAAGAAAUGAAUAAAAGGAAAGGUCCGGGACUUUCCUGGGACGCCUCACUG